AUGACAAACAUCUCCAACCUUCGAAUCGGCCACCUGAAUGUCAGGGGCCUUGAGCACCACAUCGAUGGUGUUAAAUUUCUGCUCGACGCUCAACAAUACCACGUCUUUGGGGUCACGGAGACGAAAAUGAGAGCUUCCGCUCCGGUCGGACCGGUACGAGUUCCCGCUUACAAUCUCAUCCGGCACUCACUGCCGUCCGGCCGUGGACGCGGCUCAAAGGCCUGCGGCGGAGUGGGACUCUACGUUCGACAAGGUCUCAAAGCAACACCGGUCAUCAAAUCGACCCACGACAACGCAGCACCGAUCGCAACGAGGGUUGAGUACAUGGUGGUUCAAAUUAAAAUCAACGAACUCAAUGUUGGGGUGGCUGUGGUGUACAACCCGUCAUGCUCAAAUCCGACGUUCGCCGUGCUCUACGAAAAAGUCCUUCUCGAGAUGCUCGAUCUUGGCUUUGACCGAACGUUCAUUGUAGGGGAUUUUAAUAUCAACGUGGCGUCUGUCCUCCCUUCGUUGAAUCUGACCUCGUUGAGACGGAUUCACUCAACGUUCAACCUCACCGUUCUACCUACCGGCCCCACAAGAAUCACCGACACCACCUCAACUACCAUCGACCUGCUGAUCACCGACUGUCCACAGUCCAUUCGAAAGGCAAAAGCGGUAUCCGCAAGCGCUAUUUCAGAUCACGAGGUGAUCUACCUGCUUGCUGAUGUCCUGGUGAGGAAUCGAAACCGGCGUACGAUCCGUGUUCGGAACUUCCGGAAUGUCGACGUGCUGCAGCUGCAAGCAGAGUACCAAGCCAAGGACUUUCAACGCUUUUACGAGUCGAAUGAUGUGGAAGAAAAAACUGCGCUGUUGACGGCCGACUUGCAAGAUCUCCUUGACCGACAUGCGCCGGAAAGGACGAUUUACGUACGAGAUGAAAGAACUCCCUGGAUAACGCAACAAAUCAAGCAGACCAUCGAGCUGAGAGACCUCGCUUUAAAGCUGUACAAGCGCAACCCGAACCGGAGGCGAGGUGAUCAGCAAUGGUUGGAACACUCACGAUUGCACGACCGUGCGAACUCGCUGAUUCAUGCGGCCAAGACACGCUACGCGGAUCAGCACUUCGGACACGAACUCCCCGCAAAGAAGCUUUGGUGCAACCUCAGAAGAGAAGGCAUACACAACUCUACCAAGUCCGGCCCGCCUGCAGAAGGAAUCGAUGCCGAUGAUCUGAACCGCUUCUUCUCUGAUGGUCACAGAGAGCUCGGCACGGGGCAGCGUAGCGCACAGCAGAGGGAACCAGCGCACCGAACAGCAGUUGAUCACGGCAGAAAUGGGUUCAACUUUCGACAAACUAACGCCGAAGAAGUCAACCGGAAGAUCCUCGAAAUACAAACCAACGCUACUGGCACCGAUGGCAUCCCCAUCUCGUUUGUGAAAAUGCUUUGUCCGCUGAUCCUGCCUGAACUUUGUCACCUCUUCAACGCAAUUAUCGCGGCUCGAACGUUCCCGUCUCUGUGGAAAACAGCUAUUGUAACACCUAUACCCAAGACUCCAAGCCCCAGCCUGCCCAAGCACUUCCGUCCAAUCAGCGUCCUCCCAGCUGUUUCAAAAGUGUUGGAAAAAAUCCUGCUUGACCAAAUCACCGAUCAUCUCGAGAACCCGAACCUGCAGCUCCUGGCCAAACAUCAGUCAGGAUACAGGAAAGGAUUCGGAACGACAACUGCUCUUGCCAAGGUAACGCACGACAUCUACGGGAACCUAGAUAACAACAACUGCACCGUCAUGGUACUUGUCGACUUUUCGCUUGCGUUCAACUGCGUCAACCAUCACCUGCUUGAGAACAAGCUGAAUCGGGAAUUCAGGUUCUCGAGCGCUGCUUGUAAGUUGGUCGCAUCGUUCCUUGGCCAAAGAAAGCAAAUGGUCCGUCUCGGCGAUAAAGUGUCAGCUGUACGGGAUGUCACCGAUGGUACACCGCAGGGGUCCUGUCUCAGCGCGCUGCUGUUCAGCCUUUUCAUCAACAGCUUACCCGGAGUCCUGAGAUGCGAGUACCAACUGUACGCUGAUGACUUACAAAUCUACGUGUCUGGACCGAUUGAGCAGAUCGAAGACCUGAUUGCCAGCAUCAACACCGACUUAGCUGCGAUCACAAACUGGGCCAACCAAAAUCAACUUCACCCAAACCCCAAAAAAACACAGGCCAUCGUCUUCACCAAAGCAGGUUCCGUUCAACCCCACACGGACAUCGUAUUCAGCGGGGAAGUUGUUCCACUGUGCGAGAAAGUUGUCAAUCUUGGUCUCCAGCUGGACAACAACAUGACCUGGAAGCAUCAAACCAACAGUGUGACCCAGAGAGUCUAUAACACCCUGAGGACGUUCCGUCGCUUUGCGGCGGUCCUCUCUCAACCCACACGGCGCAAGCUGGUCCAAGCUGUGAUAGUGCCGAUGUUUACCUACUGUGACAUUGUCUACUAUCACGGGCUGUCUGCGGCGCUUAAGGAGCAACUCCACCGGUGUUUCAAGUCGGCAGUGCGUUUUGUAUACAACCUGCGCCGUCGAGAUACAACCGCAGCAGUGCGACACACCCUUCUUGGACACGAUUUGCCGAUCAACUACCAGCUUCGGACAAGCUGUUUCAUGAAGAAGGGGUACGAUGGAAACUUGCCGGAGUACCUCCAACAACAUCUGGUGAGAGGACAGUUAGAACGGACCCGCUCGUUCAUCAUCCCGAGACACACAACGAUGAGCGGAAAAAGUGUGCUCGUCGCCGGAACCACGUGCUGGAACAACCUCCCUGCGGAGUUAAAAGGACAACCGACAUUGUUGGCCUUCAAAAAUGCAUUUAAAAGAACCAUUCGAAAUUAA